CCGUCCUCUCUCUCCAACCGCAACCCACACUAAACCCUAAUUCCAAAUUCAAAACCCCCAAACCUCUCUCUCUCAUUACACACACAAAACCGUCAAGAGUCAAUGGCUUUUCAGUAUAAGCUUCGAUUGAGCUUACUAAAUCUUCGAUUGAAUUCAGUCCAGCUUCGCCAUUUCUCAUCAAUUCUAAACCCGGACUCUAAAUCACCAUUAGGUAGCAAAGAAAAAUCCAGAGCUGCUUUAUCUCUCCUAAAAUCCGAGAAAAACCCAGAAAAAAUCCUCGAAAUCUGCCGAGCCGCGUCCCUGACCCCAGACUCCCAUCUCGACCGCAUUGCCUUCUCCUUAGCAAUCUCCAAGCUCAAAGACUCCAAUUACUUCGAGGGCAUUCGCUCUUUCCUCGAAGAAUUAAAGGCCCGACCCGAUUUGAAGACAGAAGGCUUCAUUUCUCGCUGCAUUAUCCUGUAUGGUCAGGCUGGCAUGCUGGACCAUGCCAUUCGGACAUUUGAACAAGCACAUGAUCUGGGUGUCGAUCGGACGGUAAAAUCUUUGAAUGCCCUGUUGUUUUCUUGUGUGCUUGCUAAGAAUUAUGGUGAGGUUAAGAGGAUAUUUCUUGAAUUUCCUAGAAAAUAUGGGAUUGAGCCUGAUCUUGAUACUUACAAUACGGUUUUAAAGUCAUUUUGCGAGUCCGGUUCGUCUAGUUCUGUGUAUUCGAUAUUGUCUGAGAUGGAGAGGAAGGGUGUGAAACCGAAUGCGCUGUCGUUUGGGAAUUGUAUUGCUGGAUUUUAUAGGGAGGAGAAGUAUGAUGAUGUUGGGAAGGUGUUGGAAAUGAUGAAGAAACGCGAUAUGUCUCCGGGGGUUAGUAUAUACAAUAUUAGGAUUCAGAGCUUGUGUAAACUUAGCAGGUCGGUCGAGGCGAAGGCGUUGCUUGAUGGGAUGUUGUCCAGGGGAAUGAAACCUAAUUCAGUGACUUACUGUCAUUUGAUUCAUGGGUUUUGCAAGGAAGGGAAAUUGGACGAGGCGAAGAGUUUCUUCAAUAAAAUGGUGAAUAGUGGGUUUAAACCGGAUAGUGAUUGCUAUUUUACUUUGGUGCAUUUCUUAUGUCAAGGUGAGGAUUUUGAGACUGCUUUGAAAAUCAGUAAGGAGAGUAUGGAAAAAGGUUGGGUUCCCAACUUUUCGACCAUGAAGUCACUUGUGAAUGGGCUUGCAAGCAGUUCAAAGGUUGAUGAGGCUCACCAGAUUGCACGGCAGAUGAAGGAGAAAUUUCCAAAGGUUGCUGAUAAGUGGACUGAAAUUGAAGAGAACUUGCCUAAGUAAACAAGACACAGAUGGUAUGAAUUUUUUUUUUGUUAUGUAAUGCAUUCGGUAAUAAAAUUGAAAAGCUUAGGUAGAUUUGUAUGAAAAUUUGCAUCUCAGAUAUGUUAGUUCUUUCAUUUCGAAUUGUUGAACUAGCUGGCAUCUGUUUUCAUUACCAAUCUCAAAGGACUUUGCUCUUUUGGUUGGAUAGCUGUUGGUUUUAAAGCAUCUCUCUCACCAGUUGUUCACUAUAUGUGUUUGGUUAUUUUGAUGGAAGCGAUUUCUUGAUUGAAAACUCAUGCUGUCUCUUUCAUGUGUUAUCUUGGAGGCACCUUGAACUCAACACAUAUUGGUUUCAUUUUUGAGUACUUCAAUUUUCCUGUAUUGUAAC